GCUUGUCAUAAAUCAUCACUAUAACUCGAGCCGAUGUGAGUAAUACAAGAAUGAAUCAUAUAAUUACUAUUCCGUGACUUGCAACACACGUAAAAUGACCAAAAUCACCUAGUAAGCUUCAAAUUGUACAAGCCAAUUGUAUAGUUUUUUUGUGAUAAAAAUUGUAUAGUUUCUUUCUUCAAGCAAACUCUUCAUAUUUGAGCAUUCACAAUGCAAUUGCAAAAUCAAUCGCACAUUAAGUUUUUAAUGCCACCUCAACAUUUUUGCAAUCCAACACAUAUUAAUAUCAUUGCAUUUACAUCAAUGCAAUCCACUUACAAUUACUUAAAUAAUUAAAUGUUAUAUUUAAUUAUGAUAAAAUAAAGUUAAUGAAAAACGAAAAUAAAGAAUUCCUAUUUUUGCUUGCAUAUGCAAUUGCAGUUGUUGCAAGAUUGCAAUAUGCAAUAAGUGGACACAUUGAUACAAUUAAUUUUUCAACUACAAAAACCAUGCUAUGUCAUCUUGCAAUUGAAAAUGCAAAAUCAAUAUGAAUGCUCUUAGUAUUAUUAUCAUUCGAAAAAUUACAAGAGCAUUCAAAAUUUUGACAUGGACCGACCAUUUUGCCUCUCUAACUCAAAAAGAGAGAGAGAAAAAGAGUUCUUUGAACCUGAAGAAUUAUAAGGUAACAACUUGCUGUUGAUAAUGGUGACCAUUUGUGGAUUGUUGUCAUCGUGUAAAAUUGCAUCCAGAUGUUGGAGGGAUGCAUAAGCGCAAAGAAGAACCAGCAGUAGUGAAGAUACAGCCUUAAUAAUAUUUUCCAUUGAAUUGCUGCCUUUUUUUGCAAAUACUCGGGGGUCGGGUCGGGUGUCUAUCUAGAGUGUCUCCAGUACGAAGUCUUGCAAAUAAAUUUAUAGUGUAACUGGGAGGAUCGACAGUGGCCUAGCUGAGUAUCCAACUUUUGAACCAAACAAUAUUAUAUUUCGUUCGAUGUAGUCCGAUUCAAUCGUCAAUUUGAUCCGCGAUGCUGUCAAGAACCAACCCAUACCGUGGUGAUCAAUGAAAGAAAAUUCAUAUCAUCCGGCCGGAAUAUGUCUUCUUUACCGGCGUGCCUGCCUGCCUGCGGUGAAUUAUUCUAUAAGAGUGUCUCAUCAACAAAGAGCCAAUUAACCAUUACAAAAUUGGUUGAAUUACUCACGUCGCCGUUUCCGCCACCGCUAUUCUUUCCUUCCGGCUACGGCAACACUAAUCAAUGGGCACGACGUCGGUUGGCGAUUCAAUAUGAUAGCUAAUUAGCUAUGCAAGAGAUGCUUUAAGUACCAGCCACACAGCACUACCGAACAUAAUUUGUCGGUAAAUCCAGCCGGACUAGUAAAAGCCAGCUAAAGAAGAGCGUUCCCGUCGCCGGCGAAUGCGGCCAAGAGUGGUCGACUCUGUGAUUGAACAGCCGUCCAGAUUUUGUUUAAGUGUCUCUCUCUGCUGAAAUAUUGGGAAUGGUAUCUUUUAAUCUCUGAGCUGAAUGGAAGAAUGCCGGCGGGGUUUGCUCCGGUCGGUGCUACUGAUCUGGGUUUUGAUUCGCUGCCCGGCGGCGCAGCAGAGGGGUGUGUUGCUGAGUUCGCGGGUGGAAUGGAGGGCGCUGAUCGAUCUCCGGGGGUCUUUAGGGAUCCGAAGCUCCGACUGGCCGAUAAAAUCCGACCCGUGCGCGAAUUGGAAGGGAGUCCAGUGCGGCGACGACGGCCGGGUCACCGGAAUCAACGUUUCCGGGUUCAGGAGGACCCGGGUCGGGCGUUUGAAUCCCGGGUUCUCCGUCGACGCCAUGGCGAAUUUCACCUCAUUGGAGGUUUUCAACUCUUCCGGAUUCGCCCUCCCGGGCUGGUUCGGGUCGAAAUUCGGGUCGUCGCUCCGAGUUCUUGAUCUCCGGGCGAGCUCAGUCACCGGCCCGAUUCCGGCGACGCUCGGUGAGUUAACUCAGCUCAAUGCUCUCUACCUCUCUGAAAAUCAGCUCGCCGGCGCCCUGCCAUCUACAUUGGGGCAGCUGAGUCGAAUGUCAAUUCUUGACCUCUCUAGGAAUCUGCUUACUGGGUCGAUCCCGCCGAGUUUGGCUUCACUCAGGAACUUGUCAAGUCUCAAUCUUUCUUCCAAUUACUUAUCCGGGUCGGUUCCACCCGGAUUCGGCAACAUUUCAAUGCUCAAGUCGUUAGAUUUAUCGAAAAAAGCUCGCUCUCUGAGUCUCAAACCAUGCACAAUUCCAGCCGCUAGUGAUCGAAAUUCCUCCAAGAUUCAUGGUAUAGGCUAUAAUAAAUUGGAACACUCAAUUCCGUUCGUUCUCUCUGUUCUACUUUGCUUCUCCUUCCCUGCGAAAAACCGCUCACAGUCAGGUGCUUUAACAUAUUCACUGAGGAUUUUCCAAUUGCAGUUGUGAUGCAUGUUAAGAUCCGUAUUGGAAAACAAUCCCGCCGCUGUUGGUGGAGCUUUCAAACCACUGCUUUGGUUUGGUUAUGUUGGGUUGGAUUAACCGGUUUGAGUUUGAGUUUUGGUUGGUUUCUAGAAGAUCCUCUAUUUUCAAAAUAGAAAGUUAUUGUCUACUCAAAAAGUAAAAAGAGGCGACAGUCUUUCAUUUUUAGAGAGAGAGAAUCAAGAAAAGAGAAGAGAUAAG